UGAUCAAGGAGCUCCAGCAUCAUGGAGUUAUCAGAUGUGAGGUGCUCCAGCCCCAGCGAUGAGCUGUAUACCAUUAACAGGACGGGGCUGGCGAGCAGCAGCAGCAGCAGUAACCGACCCAAAAGGCUGCUGUGGCAGAACGCGGUCCGCCACAUCACCGAGCAGAGGUUCAUCCAUGAGCAAGGCGGAGGGGCGAGGACCAUCCCCUCCUCGGAGGGCUCCUGGAGCCCCGGCAGGAGGAAGCACUCUGCCGGCAAGAUGUCCAACAACGGCAGCACUAAGGUCUUCCCGGAGGGCCCCAGCACCGAGCUGGGCUUCCUGCCUCUGGACACCGCCCCCAGCAACUCCGACUUCUUCCUCAACUGGGGCUACAUCUACCGCGGGGUCAUCUUCCCAACUCUGAGGAACUCCUUCAAGUCCCGGGACCUGGAGCUGCUCUACCAGCGCUACUUCCUGGGCCAGAGGCGCAAGUCGGUGAUCGUCAUGAACAUCUUGGAUAUCCUGACCAAGGUGACCGUGCUGAUCCUCCACCUCACCCUGUCCCUGAUCCCCCUGCGCCCUGCCAAAGGCACCCUGCUCGGUGUGUUCGUCGGCAUCCAGGUGGUCACCUGUGCCUUAGUGGUGGCCAAGAAGGACACAGCUUCGCAGAGUUACCUGCAGUACACCGGCCUGCUGACCUGGCUGGUGAUGGCCACUCAGAUCCUGGACGCCGACUUCGGCUACGGACUUUGUGGGGAGGGCACCGGCUACGUGCUGUUUACCCUGUUCGCCACCUACAGCAUGCUGCCCCUGCCCUUGACCUGGGCGAUCCUGGCUGGCCUCCUGACCUCUGUGCUGCACCUCGCCAUCCAGAUUCUCACGCACCGGAUUGUGUUGCCGCCAACAAACCAGGUGAUAGCCCAGGCAGUAUUGUUCAUGUGCAUGAACACGGCUGGCAUAUUUAUCAGCUACCUCUCAGACCGAGCUCAGCGCCAGGCUUUCCUGGAAACAAGGCGAUGUAUAGAGGCCAGACUGCGGCUAGAGUCAGAGAAUCAAAGACAGGAGAGGCUGGUUCUUUCAGUUUUACCACGGUUUGUUGUAUUGGAGAUGAUUAAUGACAUGUCGAGUGUGGAUGGUGAACAAUUACAGCCCCAGUUUCAUAAAAUCUACAUACAUCGCUAUGAAAAUGUGAGCAUUCUCUUUGCAGACGUGAAGGGUUUUACCAACCUCUCUACAACCCUGUCUGCACAGGAACUGGUGAGGAUGCUGAAUGAACUGUUCGCAAGAUUUGAUCGACUUGCACAUGAGCAUCACUGCCUUAGAAUUAAGAUCUUGGGAGAUUGCUACUACUGUGUUUCUGGACUUCCUGAACCACGUCAAGACCACGCACACUGCUGUGUUGAAAUGGGUCUUAGCAUGAUCAAGGCAAUAAGAUAUGUGAGAGUCCACACAAAACAUGAGAUUGAUAUGCGUAUAGGAAUACACUCUGGAUCAGUGCUUUGUGGAGUGCUUGGGCUUCGGAAAUGGCAAUUUGAUGUCUGGUCCUGGGAUGUUGAUAUUGCAAACAAACUGGAGUCUGGUGGAAUCCCUGGGAGGAUUCACAUUUCUAAAGCAACACUGGAUUGUCUAAAUAAUGAUUAUGAGGUUGAAGAAGGGCAUGGGAAAGAGAGAAAUGAGUUUCUGAGAAAACACAAUAUUGAAUCGUACCUGAUCAAGCAACCAGAAGAAAGCCUGUUGACUUUGCCUGAAGACAUUAUGAAAGAAUCCAGUACACCUCCUGACAGUAGAAACAGUGCCACAACAUUUACUGAAGGUUCCUGGAGUCCUGAACUUCCAUUUGAUAAUAUUGUUGGAAAACAGAACACUCUGGCUGCCCUAACAAGAAAUUCAAUAAAUCUGCUUCCAAACCACCUUGCACAAGCUUUGCAUGUCCAAUCUGGGCCUGAGGAAAUUAACAAGCGAAUAGAACAUAUCAUCGACUUAAGAAGUGGGGAUAAAUUAAGAAGAGAGCAUAUCAAGCCUUUCUCACUGAUGUUUAAAGAAUCCAGCCUGGAGGAAAAGUAUUUACAGAUGCGAGAUGAAGUUUUCAAGUCAAAUCUGGUGUGUGCUUUUAUUGUUCUUAUAUUCAUCGCCACAGUACAAAGUCUAUUUCCUACACCAAGAACAAUUCCUGUGGCGAUCCAAUAUACUAUUCUGAUCAUAUUGCAUGCUGCAUUGAUACUAUUCACAACUGCAGAGGAUUAUAAAUGUCUGCCUUUAAUGCUUCGGCAAUGUUGCUGCUGGAUCAAUGAAACACAUUUCGCACGGAAUAUUGUUACACUUAUCUCCAUUAUCAUAAACUUCCUUAGCGCUAUGAUGAACAUAUUUUGGUGUGAUUCAGAUACCUUGACAACUGUAAAGAAUCAGACAUUCAACUCUACUGACAUGUAUGCAGACAUAUGCUUCUAUCCAAAGUAUUUUGUGUUUACUGGGGUGCUAGCGAUGGUGACAUGUGCAGUGUUUCUACGUCUGAAUUCCAUUUUGAAACUUGGCGUGCUGCUGGUAAUGAUUGCAGUUUACUCAUUGCUGACUGAAACGUUCUUCAACUCGAUAUUUAUCAGAUACGACAACAGUCGUCACAAUGGAACAGACUUGCUAAGCUCAAAGGAGUCCUCCUUGCUGUUAAUGGCAAUGUUCGUUUUAGCUGUUUUUUAUCAUGGACAACAGCUGGAAUACACUGCAAGACUGGACUUCCUAUGGCGAGUCCAAGCAAAAGAGGAAGUUAAUGAAAUGAGAGAGCUACGAGAACAUAAUGAAAAUAUGCUUCGAAAUAUUCUACCAAGUCAUGUUGCACACCAUUUCUUGGAAAAGGAUAGAGACAAUGAGGAACUUUAUUCACAAUCUUACGAUUCUGUUGCUGUGAUGUUUGCCUCCAUUCCAGGAUUUGCAGAUUUUUAUUCUCAAACUGAGAUGAAUAACCAAGGAGUAGAAUGUUUACGUUUGCUGAACGAAAUUAUUGCUGAUUUUGAUGAGUUGUUGAUUCAAGAGCGAUUUCAGGACAUUGAAAAAAUUAAAACUAUUGGAAGUACUUACAUGGCUGUCUCUGGAUUGUCUCCUGAGAAACAGCACUGUGAUGAAAAAUGGGGCCAUCUGUGUGCUUUGGCAGACUUUACCAUUGCGUUAAAUGAAAGUAUACAGGAAAUAAACAAACAUUCCUUCAAUAACUUUGAACUUCGUGUUGGUAUUAGCCAUGGCUCAGUCGUUGCAGGAGUUAUUGGCGCUAAGAAACCUCAAUACGAUAUCUGGGGUAAAACUGUAAACUUAGCAAGCCGCAUGGAUAGCACAGGCAUUAGUGGCAAGAUACAAGUGCCUGAAGAUACAUAUCUUAUCCUGAAGGACAAAGGAUUUGCCUUUGAGUACAGAGGUGAAAUAUACGUCAAAGGGAUAAGUGAACAAGAAGGGAAGGUAAAAACAUUCUUUCUUCUGGGAAGAGUUCUGCCAAAUCCACUUAUAUUGCAACCAAGAAAGUUAACUGGUCAAUACUCAUUAGCUGCUGUUGUUCUUGGACUUGUACAGUCUUUAAACAGACAAAAACAAAAGCAAAUUCUGAAUGAAAAUAAGAACACUGGCAUAAUUAAGGGACACUACAACAGGAGGAUAUUACUUACUUCCAAUGUACCUGAAGCAGUGACACAAGUCGAAGACUCAGAAAAAACUGAAUUGCCAUAA